AUGGGAACCAAAGUGCGUCUACAGCUCCCCCUCCACUGGAGACCUGCUGGACGACACAUACAGACCAUACUGCAGGACAACACAGGUCAGAGACUGUAUAGAUAUCCUGGAUACAUCACAGAGAACCGCAAUGGAGAUGUUAUUGUGUCUGACAGGUGGUGUGGUGUAGUUGUGACAGACAGUAGAGGGAGAUACCGGUUCUCCUACACAGGUCCUCCAUCAGGAUCACGACUAGUACCACAUGGAAUCUGUACUGACGCGCUGUCACACAUCCUGCUGUGUGAUUCUAAAACCUACACAGUACAUAUCAUUGAUAAAGAUGGAAACUACCUGACAGAGUUAGAUACAGAACAACACGGGAUAGACGAACCAUGGAGCCUGAGUUAUGAUGACAUCACCCGCUCUGUCUGGGUAGGAUCAUUUACCAACAACACAGUGAACAUCUACAGACUUAUCUAUGGAGGGGAUAAUCUGACUGGUAAGUUAUACUGA